CUUACUCCACGCUGGUUGGGGUGCUCUUAAGGCUCCGAUGUAACCCACAUUGGAGCCUGAGGGGACAUCUCGUGGACGCGCACGGAAAAGCAGUCCAGAGGAACACAGAAGAAAAUAACACUGAAGCACUCCAAAUGCCGGGCCGACGCAUACAAGCUCCUCCCAGCUCCUUCCUUGAAGAUCCGCCUCCAUCCUGCACCUCGGCUGUUGAUUUCUUUUCCUUUUGUGGACUCGGCCUUCGGCCCGCCGGGCCUGGCGUUUCCCAGAAGGCCCAGCGUCGGGAAGGGGUUUGCAGCUGCUCCGUCAUCGUGCGGCCCGUCGCGAGCCCGCGCUCGUGUGCAGGCCCGGCUCGGUUCCUGGUCUCUGGUGCGAGGAUUCACGCGAGGCCCUGGUCUCGGUCCCCGGAGUAGGCCGCGACCCCGGGCGCCAUGAAACAGGAGGGCUCGGCGCGGCGCCGCGGCGCGGACAAGGCGAAGCCGCCGCCGGGCGGAGGGGAACAAGAACCACCGCCGCCCCCGACCCCCCAGGAUGUGGAGAUGAAAGAGGAGGCGACGGCGGGUGGCGGGUCAUCGGGAGAGCCUGACAGCAAAGCGGCGGCGGCGGCGGCGGCGGCUGAGCACUCCCAGCGAGAGCUGGACACCGUCACCUUGGAGGACAUCAAGGAGCACGUGAAACAGCUGGAGAAGGCAGUUUCAGGCAAGGAGCCUCGAUUCGUGCUGAGGGCCCUGCGGAUGCUACCUUCCACAUCACGCCGCCUCAACCACUACGUUCUGUAUAAGGCUGUGCAUGGCUUCUUCACCUCAAAUAAUGCCACUCGAGACUUCUUGCUGCCCUUCCUGGAAGAGCCCAUGGACACCGAAGCUGAUUUACAGUUCCGUCCCCGAACAGGAAAAGCUGCGUCAACCCCCCUCCUGCCUGAAGUGGAAGCCUACCUACAGCUCCUCAUGGUCAUUUUCCUGAUGAACAGCAAGCGUUACAAAGAGGCACAGAGGAUCUCUGACGAUCUGAUGCAGAAGAUCAGCACUCAGAACCGCCGGGCCCUGGACCUCGUGGCUGCAAAGUGUUACUAUUAUCACGCCCGGGUCUAUGAGUUUCUGGACAAGCUGGAUGUGGUGCGCAGCUUCUUGCACGCUCGGCUCCGGACGGCCACGCUCCGGCACGAUGCAGACGGUCAGGCCACUCUGCUCAACCUCCUGCUGCGGAACUACCUGCACUACAGCCUGUAUGACCAGGCCGAGAAGCUGGUGUCCAAGUCCGUGUUCCCCGAGCAGGCCAACAACAACGAGUGGGCCAGGUACCUCUACUACACAGGGCGAAUCAAAGCCAUUCAGCUGGAGUACUCAGAGGCCCGGAGGACGAUGACCAAUGCCCUUCGCAAGGCCCCGCAGCACACAGCUGUCGGCUUCAAACAGACGGUGCACAAGCUUCUGAUUGUGGUGGAGCUGCUGCUCGGGGAGAUCCCGGACCGGCUACAGUUCCGUCAGCCAUCCCUCAAGCGCUCACUCAUGCCCUACUUCCUCCUGACUCAAGCUGUCAGGACCGGAAACCUAGCCAAGUUCAACCAGGUCCUGGACCAGUUUGGGGAGAAGUUUCAAGCAGAUGGGACCUAUACCCUAAUCAUCCGACUGCGGCACAACGUCAUUAAGACAGGUGUGCGCAUGAUCAGCCUCUCAUAUUCCCGAAUCUCCCUGGCUGACAUUGCGCAGAAGCUGCAGCUGGAUAGCCCAGAGGACGCGGAGUUCAUUGUUGCCAAGGCCAUCCGGGAUGGCGUCAUUGAGGCCAGCAUCAACCACGAGAAGGGCUACGUCCAGUCCAAGGAGAUGAUUGAUAUCUAUUCUACCCGUGAGCCCCAGCUGGCCUUCCACCAGCGGAUCUCCUUCUGCCUCGAUAUCCACAACAUGUCCGUCAAGGCCAUGAGGUUUCCUCCCAAAUCGUACAACAAGGACUUGGAGUCUGCAGAGGAACGGCGUGAGCGAGAACAGCAAGACUUGGAGUUUGCCAAGGAGAUGGCAGAAGAUGAUGAUGACAGCUUUCCUUGAGCUGGGGGGCUGGGGAGGGGUGGGGUGAGUGGGGACUGGCUCAUUAUCUUUCCCCCUUGGGGUCCCCUGCCCAGGGAACUGGCCCCUUUCCUCUACAUGCCUCACGGACUGCGUAUGUGCAGGGGGUGAGGGCCGCAGGGAGCCAGCCACCCCCACCUCACCCCAGGACCCCUCCCCAGCCAGUGACAUAGCGCACGGUGGGCAGGAGGGUGGGCAGGCGGCCUCCCCAGGGCAGGGUCCUGGCUAGUGGUGUGGGCAGCAGGAUGGGAGGGAAUAGCCCCAUGCUCUCCAGGGAGUUGGGGACUGGAAUUGGGGCACGUGUUGGGUUGUAUGUUUUUUGAAGCUUCAAUUAUGAUUUUUAAACAAUAAAAAGUUCUCCAAAGU